UUACUGUAAACUAGGAUACUUGUCGAAAAGCAAGCAACGAUGAAGCGAAAUACAAUAAUCCAUUGUUUUGUCCUUAUUCCAAUCAUGCGCAUGAUGAAUUGUGAACUAACUGCCAAAAGUCAUUACGGUACAGAGUUCAUAUUUGGUAUGAUUCCAAAUUAUGCUGAUGUAAGCAUUACAAUUGACAUUGCCUCAGAUUCUAGUGGAUCUUUACAAUUGUAUGUUCCUUAUUUAAAUAUAAAUCGUACGGAGACACUGAGAGUUGGACAUACGACAUUAAACAUUAGUAAUUCUUUAAUAAAGCGAGGAAACUUCAGCGAGAAACGAGCAAUACAGAUUAAAACCAACGUACCUGUUGCUAUAUUUGUCACUAGUUACCAUAGCGAUAGCCCAGACACAUUUCUGGCAUUACCGACACACUCCCUCGGCAAAAAAUAUGUUAUUGCUUCUUAUCAGCCACUUCGGGGCUAUGUGUCCGAAACUGCAAUUGUAAGUUCAUUUCCAAACACAACAAUAAAUACAAAUCAUCAAGGUUUAGUGACUUUGGACAAUUUUUUUGUUUUACAAACUCAGAGUAUGUCUGACCAAACUGGGUUAAUCGUGUCUGCAACAAAUCCCGUGUCCGUAAUAUCAGGCACUUCUUGUUCAAAUAUACCAAUUGCUUCCGGUGGCUGUGAUACCAUUGUUGAACAAAUGAUUCCAGUCAGUAUGUGGACAAAUAUCUACAUAAUCCCACCUCUGCCACCUUUAACUGGUUAUUUGGCACGAGUUCAGACACUCGAUUCAUUAUAUAUGUGUGUACAAAACAGCACUAAAAAAACAUGUCAGCACAUGGAACAGAAAUCAUACAAGGAAUUUCGUCUUGGAUCAGAACCAACAGUUGUAUAUGCAAAUGAUUCAUUAACAUUCAGUGUGACACAAUAUUGUAUGAGUCAAAAUAUUGAUGGCAUACACAGUGGUCCUUUUAUGACCGUGAUCCCUGGAAUACAGAAUUUUCUGACCAAGUACAGUUUUGUCGUUCCUCCAAUAUAUUAUAAGUUUCAUAACUAUGUAACAGUGAUAGUAAAAAAGCCAGAUGUGUCCGGUUUAAGAUUAGAUGGAAGAGCUUUCCAAGCUAACUACAAUUACACAGUGAGCAGACCUCUUGAUCAUUAUGUUGUGCUGGUAACUACCAUCAAUACGGGUUACCACAUAUUAAACAACAGUGAUCCUACAGCUGAAUUUGGAGCGUUUAUGUACGGGUUAGCAAAUAAUGCGGGCUAUGGGACACCACUAGGGUUCGGUUUUAAAGACGAGAAUAAAAGUUCAUCUCCGAAUGCACUAAAAUGUUACCACUGUGACGAAAUGUCAAGUUUAGAAGUUUGCGAUGCUGUCAAAACCUGCUCGGAUGCCCAG